UUUGUUUAUUUUCCCUGUCUUUCGGUUAUGGAUUCCGCCAUAGCUGUGUUGAUACGAUAGCGGAUAUAUCACUUCAGGGAAAAUCCAUAAACCCUAAUCUUGUCAUGCCCCACAGUUGACGUGUGUUUAGUGGAAGCUCCGGGGGUUUUGAAUUUGGGGAAUUUCUCGUAAUUUUUGUGCCGUGGACUUUGAAUUUUGAAUUUUUGGUUGAAGUAUGUACAGAUCUGGAACGGUGAUGGCGUGGAAUGUGUUCAAGUUUUGCACGGCUUUGAGGGGGCUUGGCUCGAUCAUGAUCCUGCUCGUGCUUGGCGUCGUCGGCGUUUCCUAUUAUGCCGUGGUGAUUACCACUUAUGGUCCUCAAUUGGCGGCCGGCGGCCUCGAUUUGCUCAUCGCCUUCCUCGUUUUGGUCGUCUUUCAUUGUCUGUUAGUGAUGCUAUUAUGGAGUUAUUUUUCGGUUGUCUUCACCGACCCAGGUAGUGUGCCUCCAAAUUGGAGACCGGAAAUGGAUGAAGAAAGAGCAGAUGCUGUGCCAUUAACUGGAUCAGAAUUUCCGGUUGAUUCGGACAAUGGUGCAGUUCGUUUUUGUAGAAAGUGCAAUCAGUUCAAGCCGCCACGUUGCCAUCACUGCUCUGUUUGUGGGAGGUGCAUACUGAAGAUGGACCAUCACUGUGUUUGGGUUGUCAAUUGUGUCGGUGCAUUGAACUAUAAGUACUUCCUUCUCUUCCUGUUCUACACCUUCCUCGAAACUUUUGUUGUUACAUUAUCACUAUUGCCUCAAUUUAUUGCAUUCUUUGGUGAUGGAGAGAUCCCUGGAACUCCGGGAACUCUUGCGACUACAUUUCUUGCCUUUGUUCUAAAUUUGGCGUUCGCUUUGAGCGUGAUGGGGUUCCUUAUUAUGCACAUAUCGUUGGUGACUGCCAACACCACAACAAUCGAGAUUUGUCGGUUACCACGAGUGUUUUGUUGGAGAUAUAAAUGCCACGUAGUUAAGGCUUAUGAGAAGAAAACCACUCCAAAAUGGCGCUACGAUCUUGGAAGAAAGCGAAACUUUGAACAGGUAUUUGGGACGGACAAGAGGUACUGGUUUAUCCCGGCAUAUACAGAAGAAGACUUGCGACGCAUCCCUGCCCUCCAGGGCCUCGAAUAUCCAUCAAAACCCGACCUCGACACUCAGGAAUUCUAAGACGGACAGAGAUCAUGACUACAUCAAUACAGCAGCAGCAGCAGCAGCAGCCUCUCUUGUCUAUUUUUCGCGUGGAAUUAGCAUUUGCUCCACCCACCCCACCUGAUCUAACCAUCGAAAAAUCACAGAUCUCGGCCGAUCAUAGAAAAGGUUCUUAUAGAUGAUAAUACAGAAAUGGUGAGUUGAGGUGAGGUUGGUUGUUGUAUUGAGUUGCAAAAAUGUGUUGUAGAUGAAUGAAUGAAUGUAUGCAUGCUUUUUAACCCACUGUAUUAUAAUGUACUAUAAUCUUCUUCUUC